UAAGCUACAAAUUACGAAGGCCACAACAAGCCUUAAGCAGUAACAACUAAGAAGAGCUCCGUCGAUCAGCCAUGGCGAUCCAAGAAAAGCUUCUGAAAUUCAAGUAUCACUUCAUCUUCGGAAUCAUUGUCUCAGUUGUGUUCCUGUUGCUGGUUCUGCUUGCGCCCAGAUUCGUAGAUGUGAUCGUUUACUUUUGGCCCCUCCUUCUCUCUACAGCCAUUUGUCUCGCCGCCGUCGUCGUCUUUGGUUUGGUAUCUCCGAUUGAACCUGAAGCUUCCGUAGAGAAAGCCGGAGAAGGUCUCUUAGAUUACGUUGCAGGACAACCAGCACAGGUGGAAGAGGAAACCCUGAAAUCUGAGAGUAAUGAAAUGGGUUUCGAAUCUCGAGUUUCAGAUGAGUAGAAUAAAACCCUAUUUCUCUUUUUUUCAUUCUCUUCUCGUUCUCUGUAACUCUAAUUUCUUUCCUUUUUUCUGGUUUUCUAAGCAAC